AAAAGAAAUGAAAAAAAAAAAAUAAAAAAUAAGUAAACAUAAACUACUGAACAUUAUUCGGUCAUAGGAAAUUUAGUUCGGAUUCAAAAUCUACACCUUUCUAGCCACUAUUUAUACACGCCGGUUUUGUAAUGUUUUUGCUUAAGUCUCCGGUCAAUCGACUUGGGCUGUUAAGGCAACGGAUCAGUACGUUACAAUACCGCAACCAUUUCUUCAAAUGGUCGCCGAAAGCUCUCAAGAGCAGUCAGAAAAUGAAGGCGACCAAUCCAACGGCACGCGAUAAAUCAGUGGAAACAAAUCCGACUAAGCAGCCCCCGAUACUGGACGAGAUCCCCAAUGAGCCGAAGAUUUCCAAAAUGAAGGCGGUGCAACCGCCAAGCUUCAAUAUCAAAGAUCAGCGUGACAAAUGGCUAGCCAAGGUGCAGGGUGGCAAGCGCAAGUCAAACGGGCUAGCUGAAGCAAAUCGCGCCACGAUAAAUCAGCCAAGACAGGCGUCGCCUUCAGCUAUGCCAGCUCACCUGAAUAUGGAAAGCAAUAGCCAGUCCUUUGGCAUGCCCAAAUCGUUCCAGCCGCCAGCCUGGCAGCAGCAGCAGCAGCAGCAGCAACAGAAGAAUCAGAUGCCCGAAAAGGAUUCAAGCAAAGGGUCAGCGGAGCGCAGCUCCUGGGUGAAUCGCAUGCACGGAGCCCAGCAGUCGAAGCAAGCGAAGUGGGUGCAGGAUAUGAAAGCCAAGCAGCAAGCUUUAUGCGAUAUACAGCCGCAAAAUAUGCCACAGAUAAAGAUCCCGAUGCCGCAGAAGCCACUUGCAACGAUGCCCGCAACAGCUAAGGCAGUGGCUGCGGCCGCAGCUGCCGAGCCAGCGGUGGAGGAGCCACCCGAGCCAAAGACACCAGAGCGUCUUGCCUACCUGGAGACCGUCAAGCUGCUGAACAACUAUCAAAUACACGAGCCCACAGCCGGACGUGCGCAAACGAAGGCGAGCAGCCACAGCGACAAGACAGAGCCAAAUAUCGAGCAUACGCUGCUCUGCCUCAGCCAGACGGGCUUUCAGCGCGAGCAGCUGGAGAGAAUGCCUGUCAUACAGGUAGCCGGCACCAAGGGUCGCGGCUCCACCUGUCUGCUAGUGGAGGCCAUACUACGUGCGCACGGCGUUAAGACGGGCGUGUUCUGCGCCCCGCAUCUCUUUCUGACCAAUGAACGUAUACGCAUCGAUGGCGAGCCGCUGCCAGAGGAACAAUUCACGCAGCUCUUCGGCGAGCUGCACGAGAAACUGGUGGACAUGCAACCGCCGCCCAGCUAUACCAAGCUACUAACUGUAAUGGCGUUUCAUGCCUUUCAUAAUGCCAAAGUCGAUGUGGCCAUCGUGGAGGUCGGCAGCGGCUGCGCCAGCGAUUGCACCAACAUCACGUCGCAUGCCCGUACCAUUGGCAUUAGCUCGUUGGGCUGGGAGCAGAGCUUCAGCUUGAGCAAUUCGAUGCGCGACAUUGCCUGGGCCAAGGCGGCAAUCAUGAAGCCGGAGGCAAGCGUCUACACAAGCGCCAAUCAGCCGGAAUGCUGCGAGGUGCUCAGCCAACGUGCCAAGCAGGUGGGCGUGCAGCUGAACCGCGUGCCCAACUAUGUCGAUUACAUCGAAGCGAAUAUGGAGUGCAAGAAACUGCUGUCAGGUGCCAACUACUCCGUCAAGCUAAAUGGCUCGCUAGCUAUUCAGCUGGCCUACGACUAUCUGCGUCGCUACAAUCCCGAAUACGUCGUAGGCGUGGAUCACAAUAGCGUCCAGUUGACGCCGGGCGCCACGCGGGGUCUAGAGAUGUUCGAGCAGCGCGGGCAGUUCGAGCUGAUGAAGUAUGAUAUCUUCAAUGUCUAUCUGGACAGUGCGGACACCUUGGAGAGCAUGAUGAUGUGCCGCGAGUGGUUCUAUACGCGGACUCGCAGCAGUCGCUCGCCCAAGAUUCUGCUCUUCAGCAAGGUCAACGAGUUCAAUGCCAAAGAUCUUCUCACAAUUCUCAGACAUAAUAUGCGCUUCGAGGAGGCCGGCUUUGUGCCGAGCCCAAAUUGCUUUGAGGGCGAGUUGAUGGAGGAGCAGGAAAGUCUCGAUAAGGAAAGCCAAGAUGCCAUUAACUGGCACAGCAUGGAGGAGCUGCAGCGCGCGCGCCGCAAUGCUAGCAACUGGCGUUCCCUCUGCGAGGAGAACGGCACCAGAGACAACUCGCACAUGUCCAUCUCGAUACAGGCGUUCUUUGAUCAUCUGAAGGAGAAGUACGGCAAGCAGCGAUACGGUAUGCGUAACGAACUGGAUGUACUCGUCACUGGCUCCAGGGAACUGGUGGCCGGUACCAUACAAUUGAUUCAGAAACUGAAGGAUAAAGAUUUCGGCAAAUGGCGCUAGAAGCACAAGAGAUCUGCGCAGAUUUCAAUUACGCUCCUCAACUCAUUCGGUUUUAUUUUGUUGUGUUACAGUUACACUAUAUAUAUAUAUAUAUGUAUGUAUACAUAUCUACAUGCAUGUCUUCUGUAUGUCCCAUAUCAAUACAAAUUCCUAGUUACUAUUUUCCCUCUAAACAAAAUCGAAUUAAAAAAGUAUCACUCGCUCGUAGUUUGAUAUGGUCAACAUCAGAUUCAUGUAAAACCUUUU